AUGAUUCAUGGGCGGACGCACUAUCCCCCAACCUUUCUAUCUCAUCCGUGGAAAGUUCUUUUCACUUCCAUUUUCGUUGUUCAGUUCCAUCUUGAACAAAUUCUAUCUGUCUUCAAUAUUCCGUGUUCCUUACUUGAUUCCUUCUCUGCCCUCUGCCUCCUUCUGCUGAGUUUUCCAUCGUUCGAAUCAAUAUUAUUCUUUUUCAAAGCAAUACACCCAAAUAUCUUCUCAAUCCAAUUUGCUUUUCUCAUUACAAGAUCUCUUCACAUGUCUAUCUAUCUAUUUAUCUUUCUAUCUCAGUCUCUUCACAUGUCUAUCUAUCUAUUUAUCUUUCUAUCUCAGUCUCUUCACAUAUCUAUCUAUCUAUUUAUCUUUCUAUUUCAGUCUAUUCAUAUCUAUCUAUCUAUCUAUCUAUCUAUCUAUCUAUCUAUCUAUCUAUCUAUCUAUCUUAGUCUGUUUCUUAUCUAUCUAUCUAUCUAUCUAUCUCAGCCUUCAUUUCAUAUCUAUCUAUCUAUCUAUCUAUCUAUCUAUCUAUCUAUCUCCUCUGUUAAUUUCUAUCUAAUUCUGUACAUCUCUCUCUCUCUCUCUCUCUCUCUCUCUCUCUCUCUAUUCUGUUUAUUAUCUAUCUGUCUCUUUCAGUAUGUUUCUUAUCUAUCUAUCUAUCUAUCUAUCACACCUGUGCUUUCUUUCUUUCUUCUCUUUCUUUCUUUCUUUCUUCCUUUCUUAUGCCUAUUUUCUUUCUUUCUUUCAUUUUUUCUUUCCUUUUUUCUUUUGUCCACUUUCUUUCUUUCUUAUGCCUACUCUCUUUCUUUCUUUCUUUCUUUCUUUCUUUCUUUCUUUCUUAUGCCUAUUCUCUUUCUUUCUGUCUUUCUUUAUUUCUUAUGCCUACUGUCUUUCUUUCUUUUUUCUUUCUUUCUUUCUUUCUUUUUAAUGCCUACUCUCUUUCUUUCUUUCUUAUGCCUAUUUUUCUUUCUUUUAUUUGCUCAUUUUCUUUCUUUCUUUCUUUCUUUCUUUCUUUCUUUCUUUCUUUCUUACAAUCCUAAUUCAUACUUUCUUUAUUUUUUCUCUCUUUCUUACAUGCCUCAUAAUUUUUCUUUCCUUUCUUUCUUUCCUUUCUUUCUUUCUUUCUUUCUUUCUUUCUUUCUUUCUUUCUUUCUUUCUUUCUUUUCUUUCCAUUUAAUUAUUUCUUCUUUCGUUCUUUCUCCGACUGAAGUCUUUAUUGUUAAUUUCUCUCUUCCUGACAUCCAUUCCUCUGACACAGAUUUCGUUCACCCCCACCUCAUUCCCGACCCCCCAUAUGCCUGCUCAUUCACCAGCCAUCCGCACCCAGAGCAAUAG